AUGUCAUUGAUAUUAAACCGAUCUCGAGGCAGACCCCCCAAAACUACCCUUCCUUCAUUGCAUACUAAUAAUGCUCACUCAACAAAUCCCACUCUUCCGUUUGUCCAACCUCUGUCGGCUCAAACAGUCCGUGAACACGCUAAUACUUUUUGUUCUGCAUCGGCUGAUAGUUAUGCCAUAAAUGUACAAAGUACGGGUUCGGACAAACAGGAAAUGGUUGCAGCUUAUAAGAAAGUUGCGAUAUCACGUGAAGGAACCCAACAGUAUGUACCCGAGAGGAAAAGGAUAAAGUUGAAGAUUUCUGGACACCAAAGAGUAUGCGAUGGACCGUUGGCAGCGAGAACGCGGAUGAUGGAGGCCAGAGCCCGUCGGGCAGCACUUGAGGCUGCAAAACCGCCUUCUGAAAGAGGGUUUGAAGUCGUCAACUAUGCAAAGGAUCUCUACUCAACCAUUCUCAUUGGCAUCCAGAAUGCUGCGGCGGAUGCAGAUUCACAAUGUUUAUUGGAGGGAGUGAAGAAAUACGGCAAUUUGAUCGCUGUGGAAAUUACGAAAAUUCGAAAGGAUGAAUGGGAUGGAAACGAUGAAACACCAAUUGUUAUAGAACUGAGAUUUGAUUUGCGAGGUCUAUGGAAUAACUUGUGUUUCUAUGCUUUAUUAUUCCCAAGCCAUGAUUGCCCAUCAAAUGACUCGCUACAUUCUAACUAUCCGCUUCUCCUGACAAAUGCUCCGACAUUGCUUGUAAAUAGAAUACUCGUAUGGUUACGGAUACGCUUCAACUGUAAUUCGAUGAGAUACUUAUUUGACGAGAUACAACUGCAUUUGUUGAUGAAUAACUUGGAGAACGCAGAAGUUCGUCAAGCUCAAAUUCUUACCCAAGAAAAUCAACGGAUACAGAAACCGCUUGAAUUCACGUACAAAUUCCCGGAUGAAGCGAAUAUUGGAGAAGUGACAAUAAGCAUUCUUCGUCCUGACUUGGAUGAAUUAUAUAUAUGCUCAUCACUCUCUGUGAUUCACACACCACCAACCAUAACCGCACUGCUCUCAGUUUAUCUCCCAAGUCGAUUUGACUUGUCUUCUCUAAUGCUGAAGCAAGUAACGACGGAAUCGUUCUCAUUCUCACGUGAAGGUUUAAUAAUGAUGUUCAAUAAUGGGAACAGCGAUACAAUUAAAGGUGUUAUAAAGGCAGUUAUGGCUAUGAUUAGCAAUAAGAAUGAAAAAUGGAAGAGGAAAACGAGUUAA